UCUGGCGCCGGUGUCUUUAUUUCAAAACUACAAAGAUGUAGACACACUGAGAGACAAACGAUGACAUAAUUGCCAUGGAUGUUUAGCACAGCCACAUCAACAACUCAGUGACCUGUUGACUGAUUGUGAUUGAUUGUAUUUGUGACCUCUUUGUCUUUCUGCCACACUGUAUCCAUGUGGAUUACGUAUUCUUGUUUACAUUCACUCCAUAAUUAUUGAUCCAUUUUUUGGCCGGAGUUUCUUCCACUGUUGCUGGCUAGUAUGUCAUUUCCUUUAUUUACUUUGAACCCGUUUUCAGUGAUCAGCUUUUAUAGUCUUAUCCACUAGUUUGUUUUACAUAUAUACAGUAUAUAUAUUGGAUAGUGUGCGUACCCGAGGCUCUUUGGAUUUUGCACCAUGUGUGUGCAAGAAGAAGCUACAAUCUCCUAAAUUAGCCCAAAUCAAGAUAUAGAGCUGUUUUCUUGCUCUGUUGAAAUAAGAGAUGUUCUGUUGGCAGGAAGGAAACCGCAUAAGAGCAGCACCUUUUAUAUCUUGCGUAUCCACUUCCUGUCACUUUUUUUUCAGCUGUUCUUCCCAGCUGCGUUCAGUCUCUUUCUUGCCCAUUUCUCAGUGUCCACCCAGCCCAGUAAACUCUUGACAUUAUUAUGGGCCUUUGGUGAACCUCAGAAAAACAGAUUACAUAGAGGGAGCCUGAAUGGUAGAGAUGUCGGCCUGGCUCAGCCCAGCCUGGAUUAUGAUGUGGACUCUAAUCCAGAGGGAUGGACGGAGAGAUUGAGGGUUAAGGGAUUGCGUGAGCUCUGGACUUCGUCCAGGUGGAUUCACAACAGGCCGUCAUGGUCUCUAUUUACUUAUUUUUACGAUGCUAGUCGUGUUUUUUUUUUUUUUUUUUUCACUUAAGGGCCUCUAUUUGAUAGUAUAAAGGUAUUUAUCAGAAAUGAUUAGCAACUUAAUAACAUCCCUUUUUAUAUUUUACAUAUUCAGUUUGUUUGGAACAUAUAGAUUGAGAUUAGGAUUGGAUAGCUUCAAUAAUGACCAAGGCAUUCAUUGCAAAGAUAACAGUGUUGGUAAAUGUUCUCGUGACAUCUUGUCUGUGAAGUACUGGUCCCUCCGAACUCAGAUAAAACCUCUCAGUUUGGACUCUGCCUUAUCAUCCUUAUCGGUUCAGCUCCACCUCACAGCAAGGCCUCACUCACACACAUGGAGCCGCCUCCUCCCUCCUGCCUCCUCCUCCCCUCCCCUCCACCCUCUCCCUUGUUGCAAAGGAUUACGGAUGGACGCAGAGACUGCAGCCCGUUAUCGGGUCCUGCUAACGGCAUAGGGGUAGCCGCGGUACGUCCGGUACCUGGCUGCGAGGUGCAGGGGGGCCAGUCAGCGACAAUGACAAAUUAAUAUCCGACCGCGGGACGGUGGACGAAUGGGCGCUUUUCUACCCCGAAGAUAAGCGAAGAAAACAAGGCAGAAAGAGCGGACAUACACCCCUGUAGCGUCGGGCUUGCUUUAUCCGCUCACACACACACACACACACACACACACAGACCAGGCUCACCAUAUUGAUACAAUAGUUAACAGCAACGCGCGCGUGUGGUGUGUUUUUGUGGAUAUCAUUUGGAUCGCCUCACGACAUGUUCGAUACGGCCAGUAACUCUCCACGCAGCACCCCCGGCAGCUCUCCCUCCCUGCGGCGCAGGGUUCUCGGGGGUGGCAGGGCCAGUGAGGGCGAGGGAGGAGGAGAGAAGAGUGGAGGAGGCGGCGGGGGAGGAGGCGGAGGAGGCGGAGGAGGCGGAGGAGGCGGAGGAGGCGGCGGAGGAGGCGGAGGAGGAGGAGGAGGUUCAGAUAGCCCCCUGCCCUCGAUACCCUCGGCCUCCUCUCUCACAUCCGCCUACCCGCUUGCUUCUCGCCACUUCAGCCGCAAUGCAAAGAAAAUGCAGAGCUGGUACAACGUUCUCAGUCCGACGUACAAACAGCGGAACGAGGAUUUUCGUAAACUCUUUAAGAAACUUCCUGACACAGAGCGACUUAUAGUGGACUACUCUUGCGCUCUGCAGAAGGACAUACUGCUUCAGGGCCGCCUCUAUCUGUCCGAGAAUUGGCUCUGUUUCUACAGUAACAUCUUCCGCUGGGAAACCACUAUCACUAUCCUGCUGAAAGACGUGACCUCUAUGACCAAGGAGAAGACUGCCAAGCUCAUCCCAAACGCCAUCCAGAUCAGCACUGACAAUGAGAAGCACUUCUUCACAUCUUUCGGAGCGAGGGAUCGCAGCUUCAUGAUGAUUUUCCGUCUGUGGCAGAACGCCCUGUUGGACAAGUCUCUGUCCCCCAAAGAGCUGUGGCACAUCGUACACCAGUGUUACGGCAAUGAGCUGGGCCUCACUAGUGAAGACGAUGACUAUGUCGCCCCCACCACUGAACACAUGAACGGCCUACUGCCAGGAGACGAGUCCGUGUCGGUGACGGAUCUACUAGACCUGAGCUCCGUGUCGGUUAUCUCUACGGGCAGCUCUCCCUCUCUCCUGAUGCCCUUUGGUCUAGUCAGCUCACCCUCAGCUACUCACCUCGGGGGCUCCUCUCCCCCUUCCUCCGCCUCCUGUCUGCCCAUAGAGGUGCCUUCGUCAUCUGGACGCAGACUCAGCUCUGACCCCCUCGAACCCAGUCCGCCCAGCUCCCACAGCUCGCUGCCAUCCACGACUCCCACCAACAUCUCUGCCUCGGCCCCGGUCUCUGCUGCUGCCUCCUUUAAUCUGGAAGAGGGAGGGGACAGCCUGUCCGAGUCAGCCAAUUACAUGCUGCCCCCGCCGACCACCAGUCUGGGAAACCUCUCGUCAUUGGACAUAACCAACGACGAGGAACUGCCCACGGACCCCAGCAACUCCUCUGACACGCAGGAAGAGAGUGAGGUGGAGUCGUUCUGCGCUGACCUGAGCGGGCGGCUGCACAUCAACAAUGCACUCCGCAUGAGUGUAGACAAGCUGCACGACCUGCUCUUCUCUGCUGACACCCACUUCAUCCAGCACCUCUUCUCCCAGAGACACUUUACUGACCUAUCGGUGGGUGAAUGGCAGCAUGACAGCAGCAGUGGGACUACCAGCCGUGUGCUUAGCUACACUAUCGCCCUCAACAACCCCCUCGGCCCCAAGACUGCCCCUGUGGUGGAGACGCAGACGUUGCAUAAAAACAGCGCCAAGGGCGAAUGCUUCGUGGUGGACUCGGAGGUGAUCACCUCAGGCAUCCCCUACCAGGACUACUUCUACACCGUCCACAGAUACUGCCUCACCUCCAUCAGCAAGCACAAGAGUCGGCUCAGAGUUUCCUCAAACAUCUGCUACAGGAAGCAGCCGUGGAGUCUGGUGAAAGCAUUGAUUGAAAAGAACACCUGGAGCGGCAUUGAGGAGUACUACAGACACAUGGAGAGUGAGGUGUGCAAGCUGGAGACGCUGCUGCAGACCGAGGUUUCCAUUGUGACCACAGGCGACGCAGCGGGCGCGGACGCUGCUAUGACUCCACCGGCCAUGCGCCGCCGCAAACGCACCUGCUCUCGACGGCAGGGCGACAAGGAGAGAGAGAGGGAGGGAGGAGGAGGCAUGGGCUCCGGAGACCGAGGAGACAGAGGAGUCGGAGAGGACAGGGACCGGAGAGAAGCCAGUGCUCACUAUAUUAAGCUGGGCGAUCGUUCACGAGGAGGACCCAACAGUAUAUCCACCAUCCUCCUCAUCGUCAGCUUCAUGAUCUGUAUCAGUCUGGUGGUGCUGGUGGCUCUCAACAUGCUGCUCUUCUACAAGCUGUACGCUCUGGAAAGAGCGGCCCAUACACUGGAGACAUGGCACUCCUACUCUGUUGCUGACAGUCCUUUACCCCAGACAGCUGGAGAGUGGGCUCAGGUCUUACAGCUUCAGAGGCAGUUUCACCAGGCUCAGCUCAGCAAGUGGCAACAGAUCCUGCAGUCCUCCGUCACCCUUCUGGACCAGAUGAAGCAGUCUUUAGAAAAGCUCCACCGAGGCAUCGUGGUCCCAGAGGUGCAGCGGGAUCCCCCCGAUGAUGAUGAUACCCCGUCAGAGUCCCCGACUGGGGCCUGAGCCCCCCCCUCCCACCUGACUGUCUCCCACUUCUGAACACACCCUGGUGGACUGGUAGAGUUGAAAAGAGAGGCAGGUCGACUUGGAGCGGCACACAGUUUGCUCUUUCCCUCAUUUCCAAAUCGAAGAAAGACUUUACCCACAAUGCUCCUCGCCUGACUGACUUGAAAAUGGUGACGUUCGCCCUUCAGCCAGAACCAGUGAACUCCUUCAGACUGGAAGCUAUCAGGACCACAGCAAUAAUGUACGUACAGCUGCAAGUCACCUGUAUGUAGUGAAUGGAAACAGGCCACUGGUGGGCCGAUGCAGACCAUCCACUCCUCAAGAGACAUUUCAAAAUGGCCACCACCCCCCCACCACACACAUUUUAUGACUAUCACAGACUCCAGUUCCUCUUCUGACAUGCAACAUUUCACAGGGAUCAGUGAUUCUGGAAAGUGGGAGGUCCUCCUCCCAGUCCUGGGAACCGUUCGAUAACUUUCGCCUCUAUAGUGAACGCCUGCUGAGAGGGGGGGAGUGCUGGAGGGAGCCGGACGCCUCUCUCGCUCUUUACGUCGGUGAGCCCCAUCAAAGGCUGCCAAUCCUCCGCGAAGUGGGGAUGAGAAACAUUUCAACACCAGACACUUUAUUUUUUCAGCUUUAUUUUUUGAUGUAUUCUACAUCUGAAGAUGAAUCUCAAAACACCACCCCACUCCUCUCGUGGGGUUUUAAGUUU